GGGUCAAAGUAUGACGACUCUGGUAUGACAUGAUUAAGAAACAUGGCUGCGGAAAUUAAACCUGUGUCUUCGAAUAGUGCCAGAUUUAGUGUAACUAAAAAGCCUAGCUUGCUUCACAAACUCGAAGGUUGUAACGACGAUGUGAAUGCUGCCUUAAUCAUUCCAGGCGAGGAUGGCGUCAUUAGUGUAUGUGACGACCGGACUGUGCGAAUUUGGCUGAAGAGAGAUAGUGGCCAGUACUGGCCCAGCGUUUGCCAUUACAUGCCAGCUGGGGCCACAGCACUCUUUUACUGUGUGGAAACCAGGCAGCUUUUUGUAGGGAUUGAAAGUGGCUCCGUAUCUGAGUUUACUGUGGCAUCAGACUUCAACCGUCUGACUGCUGUACGGACUUACCCAGCUCAUCAGGCUAGGGUAACAUCCAUACUAUUUGCAUUGAAUUGUGAAUGGGUGCUAAGUGUUGGUAGAGAUAAGCUGUUCCAGUACCAUUGCUCAGAAACAGGCCGCCUUCUUGGUAGUUACCAGAGUGAAGCAUGGUGUACGGCAUUACAAUUUGAUGCACCGUCAAAGCAUGCUUUUGUCGGUGAUUACUCAGGACAGAUAACAAUGCUGAAAUUGGAAAAUACUGGUGUUCAAGUUAUAACUGCUCUGAAAGGUCACACAGGAAGUAUACGUACACUAGCUUGGGACUCUGAAAAACAGCUGCUUUUUUCUGGAAGCUUUGAUCAAAGUGUGAUUGUCUGGGAUAUUGGUGGUCAGCAAGGAACUGCAUAUGAACUACAAGGUCACCAUAAUAAGGUGACAGCACUCUGCUAUGCUAGUCUCAGCCAGCAGCUUAUCUCUGGAGGGGAAGACCAUGUGUUAGUUUUCUGGGAUAUGACAGCUGAACGAAAGGAGACUCCCGAAUGGCAGGAAUCUGAUACAUGUCAGCGUUGCGGACGUCCGUUCUUCUGGAAUUUGCGUGCCAUGAUGGACCAACGCCAACUGGGUCUGCGACAGCACCAUUGUCGGUUAUGCGGUCGUGCAGUAUGUGAUCGUUGCAGCAAUGGUCGUUCAACUAUUCCCAUCAUGGGAUUUGAAUUUGAUGUUCGCGUCUGUGACCCUUGUCAUGUCCAGCUGAAGGAUGCUGAUCAUACACCAAUGGCAACAUUCCAUGAAGCAAAACAUAGCAUUGUCUAUAUGGAUUUAGAUGAACCACGAAAAAGGUUGUUAACAGUUGGCCAGGACCGUCUGAUCAAAGUGUGGGAUGUCUCGGCUCUCCUACAGUGAAGGCGUAAGAGUAUAUUGGUGGAUAUCAGAUAUGGUGCAGCUAAAUUGCUCCACUAUAUGCAGCGAAAGAGACUGAUGGAACUACAAAGUAUAAAUAAGAUAUAUAUGUGUAUAUAAAUGUGUAUGUAAAUAAACUGUUAUAUGUGAGGAAUAUGUAAAAGAAAGUACGACUGAUUUAUUUUAUUGCCAAAUGACUUUGAAAUCAGUAUGUUAUAUAAUGCUAACGUGUUAAUAGUCAGAAAGGCAGAGCUUUAUUAAACUGAAUUUGUAAAAUUAUUUCUACUAGAUUUGAACAAUGUUCAUUUAUGAUGCUAAAAUAUUUAUAAUGUUAAAUAGUAAUAUCAGCAAUGUUCCUUUGUUGUUUAGAAAUUUAUUUUAUAGCAGUGAUGCAGUUGUCAAUCAUCUAUGAAAAGUCAGUUAUAUGUUAUCAGAGUAUUAUUAAUUCCCAUUAUAAUUAAGUGCCAGUAUUUAUGAAUGUUCAUUACUAGUAUCCCAGAUGCUCCAUCCGUUUACAGGCAGUUGAGAUAUUUGCAUUUGAUGUUUCUUAUUAAUUCUGUACGAGUAUUUACUUACCAUCUGGAUGCAUCUUGUCUUCAGUAGAAAUUCAUUUUUUUGAUUAUUAAAAUUUUUUGAGAAUUUAUAGUAUCCUAAAAUAAAAAUUUGUCUUUGUA